AUGGACAGUGGUCAUCAGCCUGCAGAUGAAUGUUGCAGCACAACCGCCCGAGCACUCGAUAUUUUCAAUCGACGCGGUUCACUUCUUGCUGUUGCACUUGGCGGUUAUUUUUUUCUCGUUUUCCUUUCAUUCUUGAAAAUAAACUUACUUUACCUGCUCCCUCCUCUUCCCUCCUUACCCUCUCCAAAACUGAUACGAAGGGUAAAUUGA